AAGCAAAGUGAUGGAUAAACGCUGAACUAUCUAUAUAAUAGUCUACAUAUUGGGAAUAGCGGCUCGGGAAAAAAGUUAAAAUGGCUUGUCCAUUUCAGCAACUACAAAGCUGUAAAAGUAGUGGCAAAGCCCCAUUCAAAAGGGCAUUAACCACCAGACAAGGCUCCCUGCAGAUCCCCAUCGAAGAAGAGGAGGAAGAUAAAAAUACUUUGAAUCUGAAACACCUCAACUCCGCUAUACUUAUUUUAACAAAUCCACCGAACGAGACUGUGCACCAAGCCGUAAAAUCGUUAAUCCAGAGGGAGCAAGAAACGGAACCGGAAAAAUACGAAUGUUUGAGAAAGUUACCGCAGAACAUCUCGAACUGUCAACAUUACGCCUAUCUCGAAGACGUGUUCGAUAUUCUCCGCUGGGAAACAGAUAUUAAUGAAUCGGAUUUUUUUGAUAAAUUGGGUCAAGAGCUUAUUAGCACAUGCUGUACUGAUCGAAUGGAAAGAGCAUUCAAAUGCCUUGGUGGUAAUCUUGAAGAGUUCCUAGCUACUCUCGAUGGAGUCCAUGAUGUACUCAAAUAUCAGGAAAAUUCUAACGACGAGGACCAUCCCGAAUCCGAAGCUGCCUUUAUAUGUAAUGCCCUAGAUGAUUCCCAUUUACAUCUAGAUUUCACGACUGAACGACCUGCUGUAGCGUAUCUCUUAGUCGGAAGUUUAAAAGCAGUCGCAAAGAUAUUGUACUUCACCGACGUGGAAAUAACAAUGACUCGCAGUUCAGACGACAAAAGACACUUUAGAUUUCAAAUACAUAAACUAGGUCCAGCAAUUGGAAAUGGCGCUAUUUAUUCAAGCAAUUCCAGGCCAACUGAAGCAAUAGACAAUCUACCUAUAAGUAUACCGAUGUUUUGUAGAGCUUUUCCCUGGCAUUUUGUUAUAGAUAGAAGACUAGAACUUGUGCAGUUGGGCAACGGAUUCAUGAGAUUGUUUGGACGACUGUUGAAAUCCAACGGAACUUCCGUCUCGACUUACUUCGAAUUUAACCGACCGAGAAGUUUGACGCUUUCUUUCAACGAAAUUGUGAAGAGAGCAAAUACACCCUUUGUUCUUGCCCUAAAGCAACAUCUAGACGACCAGUCCUUUCAAGCAAACAAUCUAGAACUUAAAGGGCAAAUGGUACAUUGUCCCGAGUCCGACUCCAUCCUCUUUAUCGGUUCCCCUUUCAUCGACGGCUUAGAGGGGCUGACUGGAAGUGGCCUAUUUAUUUCGGAUAUUCCACUACACGACGCAACAAGAGAUGUUAUUUUAGUAGGAGAACAGGCUAGAGCUCAGGAUGGUUUGCGUCGAAGAAUGGAUAAACUUAAAAGCUCUAUAGAAGAAGGAAAUCGUGCAGUAGAUAAAGAACGCGAAAAGAACGUUAGCUUGCUACAUUUAAUAUUUCCGCCGGAUAUAGCUAAACGUCUUUGGCUCGGAGAAACGAUAGAGGCCAAGACACACGAGGAUGUGACAAUGCUUUUUAGCGACAUCGUGGGAUUUACGUCAAUUUGUUCGACGGCCACCCCAAUGAUGGUGAUAAAUAUGCUUCAAGAUCUCUACAAUCAGUUCGACGUUUACUGUGGACAGAUUGAUGUAUAUAAAGUAGAAACAAUAGGAGAUGCUUACUGUGUAGCAGGAGGACUGCACAAAGAUACCAAAACACACGCUCAACAAAUUGCAUGGAUGGCAAUGAGGAUGAUCGAGACAUGUUCCUUCCAUCAAACUCACGAUGGACAGCCAAUCAGGAUGCGGAUAGGACUCCAUACCGGUUCCGUAUUGGCAGGAGUUGUGGGAGUUAAAAUGCCACGAUAUUGCAUGUUUGGUCACAAUGUCACCAUUGCGAAUAAAUUUGAAUCGGGAAGUGAACCUUUGCGAAUAAACAUAAGUCCCACCACCCACGAGAGACUACUUGCGGUUUCUGGAUUUUCAUUCGAAGCCCGCGAUCCCUCUUGCCUUCCCAAAGACUUUCCCGGAAAUAUCAAGGGGACCUGUCAUUUUCUCACUGGAUACAAACAUCCUGACGUACCUGAAGAUGAACCCUUAGUGGACCACAUCGCAGCUGGACUACGAGAUAUAGGUUUGUCUGGGGAACAUGCUCAAGAAUAAUAAAAAAUUAGCAAUCUAUUCCAUAUUAGCGUCCAGCUGGAAUAUAGAAAAUAAAUGAGUCAGUAUUCAUUAUUAUUAGCACUCGUAAUCAUAAAAAACGAGUGGUGAAUUUUGAAGAAUCUCCCGUUGACUUAAAAAAUUGAAAAAUUUGCGAGUUGGGCUAACUCCUUAAGAAUAUGCUGUUUCGAUUGAAUAGUUUUUUUCCUUGUUUGUACCUUAUAAAUUGGGGUGGAGAUAUGUUUUACACGUUGCUAUCAUUAGAUAAUCAAAAAUGGCACAAACCUAGCAACUAGGCAGCUUCUAGACAAAACUGCAUUAGAAACUCCUAAAAUUAAGACAUCUGUAUUCUUAUAAGCCAAGUUAAACUAAAGCUAAAGCAAUAAUGGGUGAUAGAGCUUUACGUAUUCGAAACUAGUAGUUAAUCUGAAUUGUAAAUACUAGUUAGGAAAUAAUGCGGAUGUUUGCUGAGAAAACGAUAAAAAUAUUCACUAAUCAUUAUAUCAUUUAAUGCACCGCGCAUGAAAUUUAAUGAUCGGUUACUUAAUUAUUUCAUUGUCGCACUUAUUAUUGGGCCUCAAAUAUGCCCAAAACUCCUUUAUACAAUCUGACUCGUUGAAUGAACCUGAAUUGCAAUCGUAAUCAUGAAAGCCGAAUACGCUGUUUCAUUUGCCUAUAACGAUUUAGUCUGUAUUUCAAACGUUUUAGUAGUUUAAGGUUGUCCUUUAAAUAAUACCGGGUGUCAAUUUGAAAACAUCCCACCCUUAUCAUCUUUCUCGCAGUUAAAAAUAUGUCGGAAAAAUAUAAUCGGAAAACCUAACAAAGUAAUAACUCAUGUAAAGAUUGAACGCCCUUUAUAUCGAUGUGGCACUUGACCCCCCUUCCCAUUUUAUAUAUAAUUAUAUAAAUAACAUAUAAUAUAUAAGA